AUGGACUUCAUGGACUACAAAGGGAAGAAAGAGGACGAACAACUCAGUUUGCCAGACAACUUAUCAGAGUUCAACAUCCCAGAUUCAACGAUUGAUGAGAAUGAAUUAUUGGACUUCAGUUCCAUUGAUGAUGCAUUUGCAAAAAAUAGAGGAACUCAAGGUGCUCAAGGAACACAGGGAACAAAUCAAGGAUCACAUAAUCUUUCAACUUCACAGAGUAAAAGACUCCCUUCAAGUUUGAACAACAAUAGUUAUUUAUCCCAAUCUCUAAGUUCUUCAAUCCCAAUAAAACAAUCAUUAGCAAAAGCAUUACCAACUUUAUCAGAAUCUUAUAAUUCAAAUGCUGAUACUUCAAAUAAAAUUCAUAAAUCUACAUCAAGAAGAAAAUCAUCAAUCAAGAAAGAAAUCCAAGAUGAUGAUGAUGAUACUGUGGAACGUAAAAGAAGAGAUAAUAUGAAUGAUAAAAUUCAAGAAUUAUUAACCUUAAUACCUGAAGAUUUUUUCAAUGAUAAUAAAGAUAAAUCAAGUGGAACAAAAGAUGGGAAACCAAAUAAAGGUCAAAUUUUAACAAAAGGUUUAGAAUAUAUUCAAAAUUUACAAAAUAAAAUUGAUGAAAAUAAUAGAAAAGAAGUUGAAUUGAUUUUAAAAUUGAAGAAUUUAUCUUUACAAAAAGGUCAAUUUGUAACAGAUAUUAAUUUAAAUAAUACAAGUGCUGAAAUUAUAUUGGGAGAAAUUGGUGUUGGACCAUUAGCUGGAGUGGUAAAUACAAAUAAUAAUAAUUCAAAUAGUAAUACUGUUGAUGCAACAACAACAAUUUCUUCAAAUUCUCAAAAAUCUCCAAAUAAUAAUUUUGAAUAUGGUGGAUAUGAUCAAUAUGGUAAUUGA